AUGGCUCCGUCAGAAGGUGACUGUUCCAAUGAAACCAAUGUAACCUGCGAAUCCGACGGGUUCAACUACUUACUCGGAGAAGUAUUACAAUUUCCGUGUACCACAUGUGAAUGUACGUUGAUUGGAGUAAAGUGUAAUCAGACAUGUGACCAGAAUGAAACAGGUCGGAAAUGUGUUUAUGAAAAUUUUCUCUUGGAGAUUGGACAAACGUUUGAAGAGAGCGGUCGCCAAUGCGAAUGCCAAGAGAACGGAAAUAUUAUCUGCUAUCCUAAGCGUCGGAAAUGUGUUUAUAAAAAUCUUCUCUUGGAGACUGGACAAACGUUUGAAAAGGACGGUCACCAAUGCGAAUGUCAAGAGAACGGAAAUAUUAUCUGCUAUCCUAUGCUUCGGAAGUGUGUUUAUAAAAAUAUUGUCUUGGAGACUGGACAAACGUUUGAAAAGGACGGUAGCCAAUGCGAAUGCCAAGAGGACGGAAAUAUUAUCUGCUAUCCUAAGCCUCAGAAGUGUUACUACAAAAAUGACGUGUUCGCUGUCGGAGAAUUGAUUGAGUUUGAAACUUGUAGCUGUGCAUGCACUGAAUUUGGAACUCUCUCUUGUCAGCUUCCACCUGAGGGAUGUGUCUAUGACGGUCGUUCCUACGAUGUCGGAGCAAUGGUGAGUGACGAUGCCGUUUCGAGAUGCUUUUGUGCAGGGAACCAAUUUCUAAAAUGCGAGAGCAAUACAGCUGAGGGAUGUGUCUAUGACGGUCGUUCCUACGAUGUCGGAGCAAUGGUGAGUGACGAUGCCGUUUCGAGAUGCUUUUGUGUAGGGAACCAACUUCUAAAAUGCGAGAGCAAUACAGCUGAGAGAUGUGUCUAUGACGGUGUUUCCUACGAUGCCGGAGCACUGGUGAGUGACGAUGCCACUGGGAGAUGCUUUUGUGCAGGGAACCAACUUCUAAAAUGCGAGAGCAAUACAGGUAAGUUUGUUUACUAA